UCCUUCUUUCCUCGCAAACGCCACGUUUUCCCACGUCCUUUUCCUCCUCCGACCCAUCAUCAGAUUCUUAACCACCUCAUCUAGAUUUCAAACCCACAUUUAAUGUACUAGUCUGUUGAAAUCUUGGCUCAGUUCUUUAUGAUUUUGAUGGGUUUUAGCUCCUGAUCUUAGUUUGUAUUAUUCCCGAGUUUUCCGGUUGUUUCUUGAGUAAAUGCGAAGCUUGUUGAUCUGAUUGGUGGGAAGAGAGAAACAAUGGAAAACGGAGAAGCUAUGGACAACGGCGACGUCUGCUCUAUGUUAACGGUGAACGGAGGAGAGAACGUUUACAGUUGUAUAGAAUCUGAUGUUUCGUCCGCUGAUCAUCUUGUUGUUAUGGUGCACGGGAUUCUUGGAAGUGCUUCAGAUUGGAAAUUCGGAGCUGAGCAAUUUGUCAAGAGGCUUCCUGAUAAAGUAUUCGUUCACUGUAGUGAACGGAAUAUGGCAAGGCUGACACUGGAUGGCGUGGAUGUAAUGGGUGAGAGACUGGCUGAGGAGGUCCUUGAGGUAAUAAAACAGAAGCCUGGUUUGAGGAAAAUCUCGUUUGUUGCACAUUCUGUAGGGGGACUUGUGGCAAGAUAUGCUAUUGGAAAAUUAUAUAGACCUCCAAAGAGGGGAACUGGAGAAGAACUAUCAGCCGCUUCGUGUAAUGAAGCCUCAAAGGGUACAAUUGGUGAUCUGGAACCUAUAAACUUCAUUAGCGUAGCCAGUCCUCAUCUUGGUUCUAGGGGUAAUAAGCAGGUACCAUUUCUUUUUGGUGUAACUGCUUUAGAGAGAGCAGCUGGUCAUCUAGUUCACUGGAUAUUUAGGAGAACAGGCCGGCACCUUUUCCUUACAGAUGAUGAUGAAGGGAAGCCACCAUUGCUUAGACGAAUGGUAGAGGAUAAUGGAGAAUACCCUUUUAUGUCUGCUUUACGAUCUUUCCAGCGGAGGGUGGUGUACUCAAAUGUCGAUUACGAUCAUAUUGUGGGUUGGAGAACAUCAUCAAUUAGACGCAACAAUGAACUGCCUAAGUGGGAGGACUCUAUCGAUGAAAAAUAUCCGUAUGUAUAAAAUCAAAACGAGUCCACGACAGAAGAUGAUGGUCUAGACCAGCUGGAAGAGGAGCUGGUAAAUGGCCUCUCUUGUGUACCAUGGGAGAAAGUAGACGUCAGCUUCCACAAUAGCAGGUUCAGGUUCGCUGCCCAUAGCGUUAUUCAGGUCAAAGACCAUUACAUGCAUGCAGAAGGUGCAGACGUAAUACAACAUAUGAUUGAUCAUUUUCUUUUAUAGCAUGAGGUCCAAUUAUAGACCAAACUGGACCUUUUUCUUCCAAUUUUUCUCUGGACUGCAAUGGACUUAAGGUGCUGCCAUUCUGUAUUCAUCAGGGCUUCAUUCUUCCUUUUAUUUAACCUCAGGCUUUGAAGACGACGAUUUAAUGUAUUUAGGUUGUAGGCUAUUUGUUUCUGUGUAAGUGAAUUUUGCGAAAUUAAUCUGCUGAACAGUUAUGAGACUUGUUUAUUUUACUCCUCUGUACAUGAACUACUUUUAAUUUCUUGAUCCAUAAUGGAAGUGUUGUAUUUUAGU